GUGAAGAUGGUUUAAAAUGUUCUCUCUGCGCAUUGUAAAUGUGGAUCAUUACAUGAGCCCACCGAAAUCGGGGCUGGAUCUUACGUACUCUCAGUUCAGAGGAAAUCAAAUAAAAACAGUCCCUGUUGUUCGAAUCUUUGGUUCAACACCCUCAGGUUGCAAAACAUGUCUCCACAUCCAUGGUGUGUUUCCGUACAUCCUUGUACCUUACAGUGGGACAGGAGAUGCCGGCCGUGCCAUGUACCAGUUAGCAUCCAGUCUUGAUAAGGCAAUCAAUGUAUCCACGGGUUCCUCUUAUUCAAAAAAACAACACGUGUUUAAAAUUGUACAGGUUUCUGGAAGGUAUGCAUCAAACUUGUGUCUUAUAGAAAUGCUUUUGUUGGGAAU